GGACUGUUUGUUGCAGUCGGGAUACUAUCGGCAGGGCUUUUCAAUAGCUGUAAGCCACCGAAAGUAGAUUCAGCAAUGGCAGGAGACGCUGCCAAAAAAGUAUAUGUAGCUCCUGGCAAGAAGGAUGAAUUGUAUUUAUUCACUUCAGGUGGUUUCAGUGGUCAAGUUGGGGUCUAUGGAUUGCCUUCCGGCAGAAUGUUGAAAAACGUACCUGUAUUUUCACAAGAUGCAGAAACUGGUUAUGGCUAUAGCGAAGAAACAAAACCCAUGCUGAUGACUUCACAUGGUUUCACGCCUUGGGACGACAGUCACCACCCGCAAUUAUCGCGCACUGAUGGGCAGGAUGAUGGUCGCUGGUUAUUCAUUAAUGCCAACAAUACGCCACGUAUCGCAAGAAUGGAUUUAGGUGUUUUCAAAACAACUGAAAUUAUUGAAUUACCUAACUGCGGAGGAAAUCACGCAUCACCUUUCACCACCCAAAAUACUGAUUGCUACAACAGUGAAAAAGCACACACGCUUUUAGAAGUAAAUGCUUCGCAACGCGACAAAGACUUCAUUAUGGCAGUGAAUUGGAAAAAAGCAGAAGAAUAUCUAUCUCAAGGAAAAGGCAUGAAAUGGGCAGCUAACUAUGCGCAUAACGUAAUGGAUGAAAAAACACAUACUGCUACUUCAACUAUGGAAAAAGAAGUAACCGUUUUAGAUGUGAAAGAUUUACCGGGUGUUUGUUAUUUUAUUCCUUGUCCGAAAUCUCCACAUGGUUGCGAUGUUGACCCAACAGGUGAAUAUAUUUGUGCUUCAGGAAAAUUAGCCGCUGUAAUUCCUGUAUACUCAUUCAGCAAAAUGAUUAAGGCUAUUGAUGCGAAAACAUUUGAUGGCGAUUAUGAUGGUAUUCCGGUAAUUAAGUAUGAAGCCGCUUUAGAUGGUGAAGUUGAAAAACCGGGCUUAGGUCCAUUACACACUGAAUUCGAUAACGAAGGCAAUGCAUACACAUCGUUCUUUGUUUCUUCAGAAAUUGUAAAAUGGAAUGUAAAAAGCAAACAAGUCUUGGAUAGAGUUCCAACAUAUUACUCUAUUGGUCACUUGUGUGUGCCAAUGGGUGAUAACAUCAAACCGUAUGGCAAAUAUGUAAUUGCAUUAAACAAAAUUACGAAAGAUCGCUACUUACCUACAGGACCGGAGUUAACUCAAUCGGCUCAACUCUAUUCAAUUGAUGGUCCUAAAAUGCAAUUGUUACUUGACUUCCCUACCAUUGGCGAACCGCACUAUGCACAAGCUAUUCCGGCCGAGUUGGUAACACGUCAUGAGGUUAAGUUCUUUAAACUGGAUAGUAACAACCACAAAUACGCUGCUAAAAACGAGAAAGAAGCAAAAGUGGUUCGCAACGGAAACGAUGUACACGUGUACAUGACAGCCAUUCGUUCACACUUUAUGCCUGAUAAUAUUGAAGGGGUAAAAGUUGGAGAUGUGGUAUACUUCCACGUUACCAACCUUGAACAAGAUUGGGAUGUACCGCACGGAUUUGCCGUAAAAGGAGCGCUUAACUCCGAAUUAUUGGUACUUCCAGGUGAAACAUCCACGAUUAAAUGGGUUCCCGAUCAUGCUGGGGUUUAUCCAAUGUAUUGCACCGAUUUCUGUUCAGCUCUACACCAAGAAAUGCAGGGUUAUGUGCGGGUUUCGCCUGCCGGCACAAAUACUGCGAUAAAAUUCUCUACAGGCGACUAG